CCAUUAUUAUUAAAUAUCCUCAAAACUUAGUUCUUAGUAUUUAUAUUGGUAAAUAUUAAUCUAACCCCACUCCUUAAACAAAAAGGAGAAGAAAUGGUUACUGAUAUAACUCAAAUACACAGUGCCAGCUUUUCUAGAAGCACAGAGGACUGUCUUCUAUAAUACUAACAGCUUCAAGAGCUCUAUAGCCCCUAACAUGCCAGCUGGACGAAGUAAUGCUUUGGCCUUGCUUCAGAAAGUGAACAGCCAGCUUCGAGGUGAAAAAGUUCCUUCAAAAAGCAAAGAGGAAGAUGAACUUGCAACGUAUUUAAAUAACUUGACUCAGAAAACCCAAAAACCACGAAGUGUAAAUUUUGAAGAGUAUGGGGACCUGUCCAUCUCAAGUGGGGCUGAUGCUAGGAACUCUCUUGCUUCUCAAGGUCGCCGUUCUGCCAGCCCUUUAAGCUCAGCUCAUGCCCCCGCACCAAGCAAGUUUCUAAAGAAGAAGAUACCUUUACAAGAUAAACUAGGAAACUCCGAAGUGCAGAAAAAUGUGCCACAGUUAAAGAAAGAGGACACCCUCAAAGGCAGUGGGUCAACAAGCAAAAAAAAAUUACAUCAUACUUUUUCUGGAGAAAGUGGGUCAGAAGAUGGCAUGAGGUCUGAGUUAGCCAAACGGCCCAGUUCUGCAGAUAAAAAUGUAGGGAUUGAACAAAACAGGUUUUUAAAAAGCAAAACUAAAUCUGGUGCAAAAAAGCUAGAGGGUAAAAGAACCCCAAGCCCCCAACAUUAUCAGAGAAGCAGCUCUUCAGAUAAAAAAUCAAAAAGUUAUGGAGGAAGUAAAAAGAAUGAGAUAGUCCGAACCCUUGGGAACAUGUACUUAACUUCUGAAGAAGAGAGUCUUGCAGAAUUUAUCCACAAUCUCUCAGUUUCUGACUCCUCUUCAAGACGACCACAGAAUUUGGUUGCUAAGAAACAGCAAAAAUGGCGUAAAAAAUCUACUUUGAAAUCAAGGCCAUCUAGUGCUGAGCCUAACAAAUCCAGAUCUUCAUCUCCAUUUAAAAGAUCUCCCUCACCGUAUGGCAAACAUUCCAGGUCACAAUCUCAAGAUUCUGAUCUCCCUGAUUCAAUGGGGAGUGAAAUUUUGGAAGUGAGACAUGGCAGACGUGAGUCAUCAAGCUCAGAAGACCAAGUCAAAAUCAAAUUUGAAUUGGACAUCCCAAGUAUUGCAUCACCAGAGCCUGUAUCUUCCAAGCAGAAAUCUCCAAAAAGAAAGCACCAAUCAAAUACAUCAGUGAGCACAAACAAGACAUCUUCUGUGUUUAAGGCUCCUUCAGCAAUUGAACAUAAAGCAGCCAAGAAGAAAGAGUUGAAGACUGGCUCUAAUGUCAAAUCCAACUUGCUGGAAAACUUGGGUAUCCACAUGGUGGAUGAGCUGUUGGAGGUCCGACAAGAGUUUAGGGAUCUUGAGAUAUCUGAGGAAUCUGAAAUCAAAACAGAGAGAUCAGAGGAUAAAAGGAAGAAAUUUUUUAGAAAACCUUCAGAAUCUGAAAUAGUUACAGAGAUAGGGCCUGUGGUUAAGAAAAAAAUGGCUAGCAGACAAGACUCAGUCACAGAAAUAUCUAAUGAGAAGAGCAGUGAUAGAAGAAGACAAACAGAUACAGAUCUAGACUAUUCCGACUCCUUCUUGUCUGACUCCGAGUCACAAUCCCUUACUCACAGUUCUUCAUCAAGAUCAAGACAUAAAAAGUCAUCUAAAAAAGAUGAAAAGAGGAGCAGGACUAGACAGCGUAAGGUGGUGCUGGAGGAGGGACAGUUGGAUAUCUCUACUGCUGACAAUCAAGGUGGGACGCAGCAUUCUACCAAGUAUGGCUUCAGGGUAUCUGUGCCUUAUGGUCUGCAGUAUGUUGACCCCCUGCCUGUGGCCACACAUGUGAUCAGUGCUGAUGCUCUAGAAGCCUUGACUGCCUACAGCCCUAACAUGUUGGCUUUACAAGAGAUGAUGAAAGCCCAGUUAGAUCUGAUCAAAAAUUUUGUGGCCAUCCAGCACAGGAUCUACCAAUCUUGUAUGGACGGACUCAACUACAAUCACAAGUACACAACACUAGAGGAAACUAAAGAGUACAUUCGUGAGCACCGUAAACCAACCUUGACCUUUAAAGAAGCUCUGCAGCUUGUGGAGGAAGAAGGGAAACAGCAGAUGUUUUAAAAUUAUAAUAAUUAAUAAUACUUACGCUAGCUCUAAUAUAGCAUGAUCUAGUUUUUGUUUAUUUAUUACCAUAACUGUAUA